AUCCCAGUGGAAGUACAGUUCCAGCCAAUUGUUUUUAGAAGUUUCGUGAAACAGAUACAUAGGUGCACGACGCUAAGAAGUAAAGUGGUACCAUUUGCAAAUUUAUUUCAAAGAAUUGUAGUAAGGAAGUACACUUAAUCUAUUUUCAUGAUUGAAUUACUACGCUUCGUGUAUUUUUGAGUUAAUUAUAGAUUAUAAGCACAGGCGGUAAUUGGAGCGAUAUCGCGGUUAUACCUGUUUACAAUGGGGAGUUUAUAACCUGAAGCUGUAUAUAAACGAUCCGGACCGUAUUAUAUUAACGUUUGUGAUAGUUUACGCUCAAACACAUUAAUGCUGUGGAAUAGCACAAAACGAUGUCAAAUGGAAGUAUGGCCCUACACUGAAGAUUCACAACGAUAACUGUUGUGAUGGUAGGGCAUCGUUUUUAUGGGACGAGUGCAGGCAUUGUUUAAAAUUUAUAAAGACAUCACGAUGGCUUCAAAACAACAAGUCAAGGGUUUUACCGUUAUCAAAGUACCAAUUCAAAGGGACAAUGCACCGAUUGGUACAGUCCUUCCAAACAAUAUCCCAAGUCAGUCGCUCCUGACACAAUGGAUGAACCGUCCAAAGCCAAUAGUCGGCUGUCCACCGGGACUCGAAUACCUCACAAAUAUGGAUCAACUCAUCAUUAAACAGCAACUGGAAACACUCGAAGUAUUCACUGGUUGGGAGACUGCCAACAAAUACAAACUUCUCAAUAGCCAAGGUCAGCAGGUCUAUUUUGCAGCGGAAGAAUCUGGCAUGUGUGAACGUCAAUGCUGUGGGUCCAGUCGUGGUUUCAGUCUCCAUAUCACAGACAACGCUGGACAGGAAAUCAUCAAGUGUACUCGGGAUUUCAAGUGCUGCGCCGGAUUCUGCUGGCUCGCUAACUUUGACGUUUUCGCCCAUGAGAUAGCUGUGGAGGCGCCCGUGGGGACAGUUGUCGGAUAUGUCCGCCAAGAGCGAAGUUGCUGGACCCCCCACUACAGCAUCAGGGAUGCCAAUCGCGAAAUCGUAUUCCAUAUUAAGGGACCAUGUUGUGUGAUGAAUGGGUGUUGUUGGGACCAGGAAUUCAUUGUGUGGUCUAAAGAUUGGACGGAAGAAGUUGGAAAGAUCAGUAAAAAGUGGACUGGAUUUACUAAGGAAUUAUUUACAGAUGCUGAUAACUUUGGAAUGAAUUUUCCAAUGGAUUUAGAUGUGAAGUUGAAAGCGGUCAUGCUGGGAGCAGUGUUCCUAAUUGAUUUUAUAUUUUUUGAACAGAAACAGAACUUUCACCAUUAAAGCCGCCAUAUUCCUAAAUGACGUCAUGCAAGAGAGAAGAAUAUCAAUCACUGAUUAGUUUACAGAGAAAACGGUCCAAUUUUCAUUGAAAAUCAUUUGGAAUUUCAGUAAAAAAAAAUUAAGUUGAUUGGAAGAUAAGACAUCAUAUUACUGUAAGCGUACAUAAUUCAGCGUUAUUCUAACUUCUAAAUAAUGCGCUUAAUUAUGCGAUAAUUCGCGUUUCUGUGUCUAACUUCAUAUUGCAUACAUUAUGAAUGCACUAAUUCACUAAUGCGCUAACCAAUUGAUAUGCAAUAAGAUGCUAAACUUUGAGUCCGCUAAAAUACAUGCACUUACUUUUACAGUAUAUAUAUUUUUACAACAAACCUGUUUUGCUCCACUUUUAAAAGAGACAAUAUUCACGGACAAGUAUUGUUGCUUAGAUAUUUAAGGUUUAAGUAAUUUUAGUUUUUUUUUUUCAUUUAAAGCAUCUGAUUUGUUUUAACCUAAAUAAAUGAAUCGGGAUCAUUUGAUGAAAGGUCAAAUGAAGAUAUAGGAAUAGAAGCUACCUUGACGGAUAACUGUCCAAAUUUAACAAAAAUCCUUUAAGAUGCAAAUAUUCGUUUCAAACAAAUCGCUUGGAGUUAGGAACAAUCGUGGUAGAACACAGUACAAUUAAAUUUGUAUAUAGAAAAAUAUAUAUUAUAUCGAUGCUUUAUUUAUGUCGAGUAACAUGCCACAUUUUGAAAAGUAUUAGCAUCACUAUACUCGCUACGUUAGUAACUGGCUGAUAUACACAGUUUAACUCACACAACAUAAUAUGAUUAUAAUAACCAGCCGUCUUAAUCACAAAUAAAUAGCAAUUA